AUGGAGAUGUCUUCGCGAGACAUCCCCUUCAUUGAUCUAAGUAACCAGGAUGAAAAGCUUGUGGCACGUGCAGUUGUUAAAGCGAGCGAAGAGUGGGGGGUUUUUCAGGUGGUCAACCACGGAAUCCCGACGGAACUGAUUCGGCGGUUGCAAGAAGUGGGAUCAAAGUUCUUUGAGCUGCCGGAGUUAGAGAAGGAAGCCAUAGCGAAGCCAGAGGACUCCAUGGACAUAGAAGGAUACAUGACCAAGUACGAGGAUGAAGCUAGAAACGCAUGGGCGGAUCAUCUCUUUCACAGGAUCUGGCCACCAUCCAAAAUCAACUACAGAUUCUGGCCUACAAACCCUCCCGAAUACAGGGAGGUGAAUGAGGAGUACGCAAGUCACAUGAAGAAGCUAGCAGAAAAAAUCAUGGAAUGGUUAUCAGAAGGGUUAGGGUUACCGCGUGAGGCGUUGAAGGAAAGUCUAGGAGGCGAGACGGUGGAGUAUCUGAUGAAGAUCAAUUACUAUCCGCCGUGUCCGGACAUGGAUUCGGUCCUGGGAGUUCCUGGUCACUCCGAUUUCAAUGGUAUCACACUCUUGGUCGCUAAUGAUGCUUUAGGACUCCAGGUGUUCAAAGAUGACAACUGGAUCGACACAAUGUACAUCACUUCUGGGAUCAUCGUCAUCAUUGGUGAUCAAUUCCAAAGGAUGAGCAAUGGGAAGUAUAAGAGUGUGGUGCAUAGAGCCACGAGGAAUAAGGAGAAGACAAGAAUCUCGUGGCCGGUUUUUGUGGAAUCGAACCUUGAUCAAGUCUUGGGACCUUUGCCGGAGCUAACUUCCGGCGACAAUAGUGCUCCCAAAUUUAAGUCUUACGCCUACAAAGAUUUCAAAAUUCGCAAGCUUAAGCAGCUUACACUUGACGACUGAGAAGAAAAUCAUGAAAUGAAGAAGAAGUGUUUCUAUUAUUGCGUCUGCUUUAA